GUCAUGAGCGCUCGUGGAGCAACCAGUUUGCCGAAGCGUCCCUGAGUGCUCCCCCCUUUUUUUUUUUCGCUCGCGCCGAGAAACCACUCUUUGGAUUACCUUUCCGGAGCGGCUGGCCAGCGCUGCUUCUCCCGAGUCCAACGCGAAAGUCAGAGGGAGGCGGAAUCACUCGCUAUGCGGUGACAUCGGCGCGAGCCAAGGGGCGCAGGACCCCGGUGUAACGCGUUGAGGGAGGGGGGAUCAGCCAGGGGGCCGACCUCCGACCAGGCGGCGCCAUGAAGACCGGCACCAAGGACGGCCUGCUCUCGGACGAGGACAACUCGUUCGACGAAGACGACGAGACAACGCCGCUGAACGCCGCCUACGCCAGCCGACGGAACAGCCAGGACAACAAAGGAUGGGACGUGUUCGUGGUGACCCCGAAUGCCGAGGAGGACGAGACCAUCAGCUCCAAGUGGGUGGACAUCACGCUCAAGGUGCUCAAGGUGGUCACCUACUUCAUCACCUUCGCCCUGGUGCUCUCCUCGGCAGCCGUAUCCAAGGCAACGCUGCUCUUCAUCGUCUCGCACAUCGCCAAGAGAACGGUGCCCGUCUGCAGAAACGGCCUCGCCGUGGAACGUGACAAGGACCACGAAGCAACAAUAUCGGACAUCGAGAAAAUUGCCUGGCUCUGGGUGCUCUUCUUCAUACUCAUAAUCCCCGAGCUGUUCACCCUCUUCCGAAGCAGCAGGAUAUGCGUUUUCAAAUCCUACCGACGGCCGAACAAAAGCACUUUCUUCACAGUUUUCCUCAUGGAGACGUUGCACACGGUCGGGCUCUGUAUGCUCGUCUUCGUCGUCCUGCCGGACCUGGACGUGGUAAAGGGUGCCAUGCUGACCAACUGCGUCUGCUUCGUGCCGGGAUUCUUCAGCAUGCUCUCCCACUACAAGGGCGAAAGCAAGCGAUUCGCCAAGCUCAUCCUGGACGCGCUCAGCUUGCUGGCUCAGGCAACCGGCUUCGUGAUAUGGCCCUGGGUGGUGACGGGACCACGCACUUGGACCGUGCCCAUCGCCGUGUUUCUCACGUCGUUUCGAUGGUGGGAGAACUACGUGGAUCGGCGCUCUCCUAUCGGGUUCGUCUCGCGGCUGGCCGAAAUGAAGGAUGACCUGCGAAAGAGUCGCUACUUCACCUACAUCUUCGUCUCGUGCUGGAAGAUUCUGGUCAUACUGUGUUGCAUGCUGGGCUUUAUGACCCUGACGCAGGAAAACGUACUCACCAUAUUCCGCAACUUCGCCUCCGGUUUCCACGCCCACAAGAUCAACGUGGUCCAGGUGCGACGUCAGACCCUGGGUGACCUUCCGGACCUGCCGACGGCCAGCCCGCUGGACGACGACGUCACCAUAGUGGCCAGCGAGUGGACGCCCAUUUUCGUGGCGGCCAUCCAGGUCCUGUCCAGUCUACUCUGUUACGUGUCGGCCAAGUUCGCCUGCAAGAUCUGCAUCCAGGGCUUCAGCUUCGCCUUCCCCGUGAGCUUGACCAUUCCGGUGUCGAUAUCGCUGCUCAUCGCGGCUUGCGGCAUGCGCACGGAAGACGUCUGCUUCUUCGAAAGCUACGUACCCAAGUACCUCUUCUGGAGAUGUCCGGCCGGAGAGUUCUUUCAAGAGUUCAUCACCACUCAGCACGCCUGGAUAUGGCUCGCCUGGCUGCUGUCGCAGACCUGGAUAGCGGUGCACAUCUGGAUGCCAAAGUGUGAGAGGCUUGCCACAACUGAGAAGCUCUUCGUGAACCCAAUGUACUGCGGUGCCCUGAUCGACCAGUCGCUAGCAUUGAACAGAAGAAGGGACGACGAAGGUGAAAUCAAGAGCGAUGAACUUGCCUUGGACGCACACGACGACAACGACAUCUCGCAGUACUACGAGACGAUAUCGAUACAGACCGAAUCUUCGAGCAACCAGAACGGCAGGACAGCAUCGUGCGCCAAGACGGCUGACCACAUCAUUCGAAUCUACGCCUGCGCCACCAUGUGGCACGAGACUGCUGAAGAAAUGAUACAGAUGUUGAAGUCUGUCAUAAGGAUGGACGAAGAUCAAAGUGCGAGAAGGAAUGCUCAAAAGUACCUGCGCAUUGUCGACCCGGAUUACUACGAAUUUGAAGUUCACGUUUUCUUCGACGACGCCUUCGAAUUGAGUGACGACAACGAUGAAGAAAUGGUUGUCAACAGAUUCGUCAAGCAGAUGGUGCGGGUUAUCGACACAGCCGCUAGCAACGUCCACCAGUGCAACAUCCGACUCAAGCCUCCCAAGAAGCUGCCCACUCCGUACGGUGGCCGACUGGUGUGGCAGAUGCCGGGCAAGAACAAGCUCAUCGCUCAUCUCAAGGACAAGGGCAAGAUCAGGCACCGAAAGCGUUGGUCGCAGGUCAUGUACAUGUACUACCUACUGGGCCACAAGCUCAUGGAGCUGCCCAUCGACGUGAGCCGCAAGGCCGUCAUGGCCGAGAACACUUUCAUUCUGGCGCUGGACGGGGACAUCAACUUCAGGCCGCACGCUGUGCAGCUGCUCGUCGACUUGAUGAAGAAAAACCGAGGCUUGGGAGCCGCCUGCGGCCGAAUUCACCCCGUCGGCACAGGUCCAAUGGUGUGGUACCAGAAGUUCGAGUACGCUAUUGGUCAUUGGCUACAGAAAGCCACCGAGCACAUGAUUGGCUGCGUGCUUUGUAGCCCCGGCUGCUUCUCCCUCUUCCGUGCCAAGGCUCUUAUGGACGACAACGUGAUGCGUCGGUACACCACCCGCUCUGACGAGGCUCUGCACUACGUGCAGUACGAUCAAGGCGAAGACCGUUGGUUGUGCACGCUGCUGCUGCAGCGAGGGUACCGUGUCGAAUACAGCGCUGCCUCAGACGCUUACACGCACUGUCCCGAAGGCUUCGGCGAGUUCUACACGCAGCGGCGUCGCUGGGCGCCCUCGACCAUGGCCAACAUCAUGGACUUGCUGGGAGACUACAAACGCACCGUGGCCAUCAACGACAACAUCUCGUUCCCCUACAUCAUCUACCAGGGCAUGCUCAUGGUGGGCACUAUCCUCGGUCCCGGUACCAUCUUCCUCAUGUUGGUCGGUGCCAUGGUAGCCGCCUUCAAGAUUUCCAACUGGAUCUCCUUCUCGUACAACAUCGUGCCCAUCCUGCUCUUCAUGCUCAUCUGUUUUACCACUAAGAACGAAAUCCAGAUUAUAGUUGCCCAAAUAAUGAGCGCCUCGUACGCACUACUCAUGAUGGCUGUACUCGUCGGCACAGCCAUCCAGGUAUCCGAAGACGGCGUCGGUUCACCGUCGGCCAUUUUCCUUAUAUCUUUAUCGAGUAGCUUCUUCGUGGCGGCGUUAAUGCAUCCGCAGGAGUUUAUGUGCAUCAUACCGGGUCUGCUGUACUUCCUCAGCGUCCCCUCCAUGUACCUACUCCUGAUCUUGUACUCCCUGAUCAACCUAAACGUCGUCACCUGGGGAACACGAGAAGUCCAGACCAAGAAGACGAAGAAAGAGAUGGAGGAAGAGCGUAAGCUGGAGGAGGAGAUGAAGAAAAAAAAGAAAAAAGGGGGGCUCUUGGGGCUCCUAGACCUCAGUGGCAAGGGCAGCGAUGAAGGCAUGUUCGGACUUCAGGGGCUGUUCACAUGCAUGAUAUGCUCGAACCCCAACAACCGCGAGGAGAAGGUGCAUCUGGCCAGGAUCAGCGAUCAGCUCGACAACCUGAGUAAGAAGAUCAGCAGCAUGGAGCGCCAGCUCGAGAUCGUGCACGGGGUACCACCACCGAGGCGCAAGCCCGCAGCUCAUGGACGCAGCUCCAGGCAGUCGGACGGAGGCCUCUCUGUGCUCAACGAGGACGUGGAAGACGACGGCAACGAGUACGGAAGUGACACCUGUGGAUCACUCAGCGAACAACUCGAGCCCCGCCAAGAGAGAGAUGAUCUGAUCAACCCGUAUUGGAUUGAAGACAAAGAGCUCAAGAGAGGUGAAGUGGAGUACCUGCCAGGACCCGAGAUCCAGUUCUGGAAAGACCUGAUCGAGAAGUAUCUGUACCCUAUCGAUGAGAACAAGGAGGAACAGGCCCGAAUCGCAGCCGACCUGAAGGAACUGCGAAAUCGCGUGGUAUUCGCCUUCUUUAUGCUCAACGCGCUGUUCAUUCUGAUUGUGUUCUUGCUGCAACUGAACAAGAAGCAGCUGCACGUGAACUGGCCCCUGGGCGUCAAGACCAACAUCACCUUCAUUCCGGACACGUCUCAAGUGGUCAUCGAAAAGGAGCACUUGCAGCUUGAGCCAAUCGGCCUCAUCUUCGUGAUCUUUUUCGCCGUCAUCAUGGUGAUACAGUUCACGGGAAUGUUGUUCCAUCGCUUCGAGACCCUGUCGCACAUCCUGGCGUCCAUUGAGCUGUCCUGCUGCCACCAGAAGGUGGAGGACGUCAGCGAUGACGCUUUCAUUGACCGCAAUGCCAUACAAAUCGCCAGACAGCUACAGAGGCUCAAGGGUAUCGACGAAGAUGACGAUAACAGUGACGAAUACUUAGGCCCGGAGCGGUUAGAACGCCGAAAGACAAUACAAAACCUCGAGAAACGUCGUCACCAGAGAGCCAGGACUGGAACCUUGGACGUGGCGUUCCGGAAAAGGUUUAUGAGCAUCAACGCUGUCGAUGCGGAAGCACAUGCAGGAACACCAGUGCUGAGUGGCCUGCGGCGUUUCAGCCGUAACCGGGACACUCUCCGCGCACUGGAAGUGCGCCGAAACACGGUGCUCGCCAACCACAGCAAGAUGCAGACGCUAGGUGCCAAGAACCAAUACUCUGCCGCCGCGGCUGCGGUCGCUGGCAGUGGCGGCCCUCCGGGGGUUCGCACGCGACACCGGAAUAACAACGUUCCCGCCGACCGCGUGUUCUCGGGCGCCAAUGGUGAGGGCUACACCAACGACGCGUACGAGACGACCCAACCCGACGAAGACACGUCCGCAGCGGCCCGGCAGAGUCUACGGCUCCAGGUCUACAACGACCGCAGGAGUAGUGUGGCGAGCUACGCCGAUGACUCGGAGAGUGGCGUGCGCAAGCCUCGUCACAGCCACAUGUGAUCUUGGACUACGUCUUUAGAAUGGACUGAACUUGUUUCCGUGUACUAAUACAGCAGCAGGCGGUGGAAGUCAAUGCUCAGUCGUCAGAGAUGCUUCCAGCCGAGUCGCGGGCUCGUGUCGUCUGAAAUCGAUGGGCUUUCGUGGAGAAACUCGGCGAACCAUGGAUGCAGUGACUAUAUGGCGCACAAGUCACUUUGUGUUCAACCGCGUGUGUUGCGGCCACGUGCGUCACCUGCCAACAACUCUAACUUGCAAUGUUACGGCGCCUCAGUCUCGAUAACCAGUGGCUAAGCUUCCGUACUGUCGGAAUGCACAUGCUUUGUGAAAAAUGGCUUUCCUGAACAUCCAUCGUAGCACGUAAUAUCGGUGAUAUAAAAGGAGGUGAGAGGUGUAAACUGCCCGCUGCAGUCACGGAGAUUCAGCCCCAUGGGGCCGAGUUGGGUGUAUAACUUGAGAGGAAUAUUUGAGGAAAGUGCUUUUUUGGUACCGAAGAAAGUGCGAAUGAUGAUACACCGGCUGUUCAUAACACUGCUGCAGCAGUCGUCCGCACACAGGAAGCUUCACAGAAAGGCCACAGUAAUAUCGGCCAAAAAUGACUGGAAAUGCACGGUAUUUCAUACGUUUCUGUUUGUGGCAACCAUGUCUUAGCUUUAUACAAGUUUUCGUUGCACAGAAAAGGGUGAAUUUCUUUAUCCACUCUGCAGAUGACAGAAAACUUCGGCGCUGAUCAAAAAACUAAUCUCAAUAUUUGUUAGGGCAAUAGUAAGUCACGAGACAUUCCCCGAAAAAUUCGCACAAUAUUUGUAUUCUUUUAGCGAUAACUCGCAGGUUCUCUCGUUUUGCAUCAAGUAUGCUUUUUUACUAGAUUGUCAAAGUGCUGAUGAAUAUCUCGUAGGCAGCUCAGCCAUUGGUUGCUAAAAAGAACUAAGAAAGAAAAAGACUGUGUAUUGUGCGACCAUUCGUUCUUUCGUGUCUCGUCUAGCGAGCUAACGAAAAUACCGUGCUUUAAACGUUUCAGUGGUUUCCACUUGGCGAAUUCCGCAUGUUCGGUUAUGAUUUGGAGCAAACUUACGCUUCGGUACAACGCUAGAGAGCCGAAUGUGUUGAACCUGUGAGAAACGAACUUGCACUAUGUAGAAUGCCUCGAGCAAGGUCACAAACAUUGAGAGGCUCUUUGAAGUGUACUAUGCAGAUGACAUAGCUACAAAGCGUGUCAAGCUCUUAACGUGUCAAGAUAUUGACUAUGCCAGUGGGACUAUAAGCGAGAAAUACCUAUAGAGGUCAUACAUGAAAAUGUCGGCAGCUCUCACUCAUGGAUCACAGUAAAAGUGCUUUCUUUCUACACUUAAGCUGUAUGACGUAUCGCCAUUUUGUUACCGGAAAACAGACAAUGCGUACGGUGUGUUGCCUGAUGAGGUAUGUUGAUCCUCUGGAAGGCCUUUAACAACGCGUCUGCGCAGAACCACUGAAUUCACGCGCAGAAUUCAUGCAUUUUUUUUUUACACUGAAAAGCCCAGUAGUGACAGGCAAAUAAACUUAUCACUGCCUUGAGGACA